AAUAAGUUGCCCCCCCCCCCCCCCCCCCCCUCUCUCUUUAAAGAAAAAACACGGUCAAAUUCGACAAAGGAUUCGGGAGGACUUCCGCCGUCCCGGAGGCGAAGAGAGGGCGAGAUGGGGGCGGCCGAAUCUGUGCCGGAGACCUCCGUACACGAAUUCACCGUUAAGGAUUGCAACGGCAAGGAGGUGUGCCUGGACACGUACAAGGGGAAGGUCCUCCUCAUCGUCAACGUCGCCUCCAAAUGCGGGUUCACGGAGACUAAUUACACGCAGCUGACGGAGCUUUAUCAGAAGUACAGGGAGAAAGACUUUGAGAUAUUAGCAUUCCCCUGCAACCAGUUUUUGCGACAAGAGCCAGGCAGUGACCAGCAGAUCCAAGACUUUGCAUGCACAAGAUUCAAAGCUGAAUAUCCAGUUUUUCAGAAGGUGCGUGUAAAUGGCCCAGAUGCUGCGCCGCUUUACAAGUUUCUAAAAGCUAGCAAACCUGGUUUGUUUGGUUCAAGAAUCAAGUGGAACUUUACCAAGUUUCUUGUUGACAAGAAUGGAAAAGUAAUCAACAGAUACGCAACUGCUACCACUCCAUUUUCAUUCGAGAAAGAUAUCCAGAAGGCACUUGAGGAGGAACCUGCCGACUCGCAGAAGUAGGCACUUGCAAAAGUAUCCCCGUUGUAAUAUGUAGACCAAACCCUGCCAGUAAAUUGAUGUCGCCUGGUUUUCUUGUAAUUGUGACUUCCGCUUACGUAAGUAGAGGUUGUGUAGCUAGCGCUUUAUCCGCACCGCUCUCGUGUUUUUUGUGUGCUUUUGUCGAGGUACGCAAUAUAUUGAUAAACUGAAUCUUAUGCAGUUUAUGGAAAUUCUGUAUUUAGGCU